AUUAUUAUUAGUAUUAGUAGUGUUUUUUCUAUUUAAUUUUAGUAGUAUUAUUAUUACUAUUAUUAUUAUUAUUAUUAUACUGUUAUUAUUUAUUUAUUUAUUUUCCCCCCUGCCAAUCUACUGCCCGCACUCCAGUCCAGUAGGUGGCGGUAAUGCACCUUUAGUGGUUUGCCAACCGGCAUUAAAAAUAAAAAGAAGAAGUAGUAGUAGUAGUCUCUUUCCAGGAUGACUGCUCGUUAUGCUGGCGAGCUGUUUAAAGGAUUAGGAUUAGGAUUGUAGCUUGUCGAGCAAACGCUGUCAGUUGUUUAAGUAUUUACUCUGUGCUAUUAAACAUGCAUUCUAAUCUUAAAAGACUGUCAGCAAGCAAGGCUUCCGUGAAGUCCAGCACACAGACGACUAUCAGCAGGUUCUUCAGCAGUGCAGGAGAUCAAGGCGUAGAGGUCGACAAGCCAAGCAUUAACCGUGCUGAUCACAGUCAGGAAACCAGAGGCAAGAAGAGGCUGCCAUUACCUGACGGAGGUGGAUCUUUGAAGAAACGGCUUAAAGUCUCUCGCAGUGAGAAAGACGAAGGGAGAAAGCCGACGAGCUCUGACGGUAGCACUAAAUUAGAUGACCAGGGCCCUGCCUCUAAGGCAAGUCUUUCCUGCUCCACACUGGAGAAGCUGCGAGGUUUCAGCUGCCAUUCGGGCAAUGAGAGCAGCGCCGCAUGCGAGAGUGUGAAGAUGGACGUCUCGGGAACAGGACAGUUAGAGAGCACAAUGAGAGAACAAGUCAAGAUGGAGGAGGACACUGAAGAAGAGCUGGUUCAGAGCAAACAGGUGGGUAACUUCAGUCGGUUUGCUAAGACUGGCGGUGUUUCAGCAUUUAAGAGGAGUCCGCCAGAACCGGCAGGACCUAAUAAGAGAACCAAAAGCAUCUACACUCCCCUUGAGCAGCAGUACAUGGAGAUUAAGGAGCAACACAAAGACACAAUACUUUGUGUGGAGUGUGGCUACAAGUACAGGUUCUUCGGAGAGGACGCAGAGAUUGCUGCAAAGGAGCUAAACAUCUUUUGCCACCUGGAUCAUAACUUCAUGACGGCCAGCAUCCCUACUCAUCGCCUGUUUGUGCAUGUCCGCCGCCUCGUCUCUCAGGGCUACAAAGUAGGAGUUGUAAAACAGACGGAAACAUCAGCAAUCAAAGCCUCCAGUGCCAACAAGAGCUCCCUCUUCACCCGGCAGCUAAGCGCACUUUACACCAAGUCUACACUGGUCGGGGAAGACAUGAACCCCUUGUUGAAACUAGGGGAUUUGGAGCAAGUUGAAGAUGUAGUGCAGGACACAGCCAGCAGCUACCUGAUGUGUGUGAGUGAGAGCUGGGAGAAACAGAGUAAGGAGCUGACUGUGGGCUUAGUGGUGGUGCAGCCCAGCAUUGGUGACAUAAUGGUGGACUGUUUUAAAGACAACGCAUCUCGCUCCGAGCUGGAGGCCAGAGUCCUGAGGAUCCAACCUGUAGAGAUCCUGGUCCCCUCCAACCUGUCUGAGAUCACUGAGCGACUCCUGCGCACCAUCGCUCUGUCCAGCGUCCAGGCAGAUGAUCGCAUUCGUAUUGAGAAGCGAGACAGCACCCAGUUUGAAUACCCCACUGCCAUGCUGACCAUCAACAACUUGUUUGGCAGCGUAACUCCUCAGACAGCAGAAGAUCAGGAAAAGGGUUCCUCUCCAUUCUAUCUAAGUUUAGAGAGCCAGAUCGUCUGCUGUUUGGGGCCAGUGAUCCAGUACCUGACUGAAUUUAAGCUGGAGAGGGUUCUCCUCUGUUCCAGUUCCUUUAAGAGGCUGUCGAGUGAUGCAGAGCACAUGGUGUUGAGUGCCACUACUCUGAAGAACCUAGAGAUCUUUUGUAACCAGACCACAGGCACAGUCAAGGGUAGUCUGCUCUGGGUUCUGGAUCAUACACACACUCCGUUUGGGAAGAGGCUGCUAAAGAAAUGGGUCAGCCAACCCCUAAAGUCUACAUCUGAGAUCCUGUUACGUCAGGAAGCCGUGGCAGAAAUCCUGUCCUCCGAGUCUGUCGUAUUGCCCUCCAUCCAGACCCUGCUCACUCGACUGCCAGACCUGGAGAGAGGUCUCUGCAGCAUUUAUCAUAAGAAGUGUUCCACUCAGGAGUUUUACCUCAUCAGCAGCACGAUGUCUCGCCUGAGUGCAGAACUUCAAGCCCUCGUACCCGCCAUCCAAUCACAGCUCAGCUCUGCCCUCUUAAAGAGCCUGCUCCUGGACACACCCCAGCUCCUCAGCCCUGCCCACAAUUUCCUCAAAGUGCUCAAUGAAAAGGCUGCCAAGACCGGGAAUAAAACGGAGCUUUUUGAGGACCUGACAGACUUUCCUGUAAUUAAGGAAAGAAAAGAAGAGAUUCAAGCUGUUCUCACAGAAAUGAUGGAACAUCGGCGAGAAUUAGCCAUCGUCCUCCGAAAUCCGUCGCUGGAUUACACCAGCGUGUCUGGACAAGAGUUUCUCAUUGAGGUGAAAAACAGCAUGUCCUCCAUUGUCCCUCCAGACUGGGUCAAAAUUAGCAGCACCAAACUAGUGGGUCGGUACCACUCUCCCUUCAUUGUAGAGAGACACCAGCAUCUGUUGCGGCUGCGCGAGCAGCUGGUUCUAGACUGCAGCAGAGAGUGGAUCAACUUCCUCCAGCUAUUUGGGGAACAUUACUACAUCCUGAAGAAAGCGGUGGGUUACCUAGCAACCGUCGACUGCCUCUUUUCAUUGGCCCAGGUUGCUAAAGACAACAAUUACUGCAGGCCAGAGGUUCUGGAGCAGGAGGGCCACAUAGUGAUCCGGGAAGGCAGACACCCAGUCAUCAACAUGCUGAUGGCGGAGCAGGAUCAGUAUGUGCCCAAUGACACCGAUCUUCAGGGUGAGGGCAAGCGAGCCAUGAUCAUCACUGGGCCCAACAUGGGGGGGAAGAGCUCUUAUAUUCGCCAGGUGGCUCUUAUAAGCAUCAUGGCCCAACUGGGAUCCUUUGUGCCAGCCACUGAGGCAUCAUUUGGCAUUGUAGACGGCAUUUUUACAAGCAUGUCGAUGCGCUGUGCACAAAGUGAAUUCCACGGAGACAUGAUUUGCCAAGGUUGGAGUGGAAGAACCUGAGUGUCCUGCACUGAUCCUUGACAUCAACCCCGCUGAAGACCUUUGGGAUGAACUGGAACACCGACUGUACACCAGGCCUCCUCAACCAACAUCAGUGCCUGACCUCGCUAAUACUCGUUUGGCUGAAUGAACACACAUCCCCACAUCCAAGCUCCAAAAUCUAGAGGAAAGCCUUCCCAGAAUAGCGCCAGUUAUUAUAACGGCAAAGAAGGGACUAAAUCUAGAACGGGAUGUUCAACACACAUAUGGGUGUAAUGGUUAGGUGUCCACAAUGUUUUGCCGAUAUAGUGUAGCUAAUUAAAAAAAAAAAAAAACCACAGUUCUGCAGAAAAAAAACAUUUUACAGCUUUUGUAGACUAUCAAAUAUCAUAUUUCCCAUCAUGGUGUUCACGGUCUUCUAAACAUAUAGGAAGCUCAUGCUUCAUUUGCAUGUUUAAACAUGAACCACUUCUAUAAUUGCUUCAGUAAAUCUAUCCAUAUGGAUAUAGUAAUCCAUGUGUGUUGUGACCUCACAGCUCCAGGGUCCCCAGUUCAAUCCUGAGCUUGGGUUGCUGUCCAUGUGGAGUUUCGCUCGUUCUCCCUGUAUACCCACCUUCCUAUAGGUUUCCUCUGGGUUCUCUGGUUUCCUCGCAACUUCCAAAAACAUGCCGUGCGAUGGCCUGGCGUGCCAUCUAGUGUUAGUUCCCGCCUCAUGCUCAAUGUUCCCGGGAUAGACUCCAGAUCCACCAUGACCGUGCCCAAGAUAAAACGCUUAUUGAAGAUGAAAUGACUGGAAGAAUUCAAUCUAUUAAUGCUUUAAUGUGCUUGACUGGUUUAAUGAUUUCGUUAUUUAUUUAUGUGUUUAUUAUAGGAUAUAUUGGAGUGUCCAUGCAAACUGUAUCAAACAUUUAGCGUACGGGUUGAUAUUUUGUGAUUUUUUUUGAAAAAUGACCACAACGAGAUCACCUGGUGAACCCUUGGAGAAUUAUGACAGUCUCUGUAAUUCUCUGAUUGAUGACAUGACAAAGCACCAUUGUAAUUAGGUGUUCUUGUUCAUGUGUACAAUGUGUACAGACUCCAAUCUGUAAGUUACAUAAUCAUAUAUUCUAAUAAAAGUUGUUCAGGCUCCCUCA